AUGUCAUCGGAAUCUCAAAUCCCCUCCAUCUACCGCCUAUGGCACCUCUACAUCGAGCCCGCCGCCGCCUGCCAAGGCGCCGUCAUGGCCGCCCGCUCUCCUCUCCUCUACCUCGGCGUCAUGUCCCCCGCCGCCAACCGCUCCCACUACCACCCGGAGCUCCAGGUCGUCUUCGACCAGCUCGCGGCCACCUACUUCCUCUUCGCCUUCAACCAGGCCGUCGUCCUGCGCGUCGUCGGCGCCAACCUUGCCGUGUGGAGGACCAUGAUCACCGGCAUGCUGUUGUGUGAUGUGUUCCACGUGGCUGCCACCGUGAAGGCGCUGGGCUGGGAGCGCGUGCUCGAUCCGUCUGUGUGGCGGCUGUUCGACUGGGUGAACAUCCUCAUGCUGUUGGCCUCGCUGGCCAUCAGGACGGCGUUUCUGGCGGGUGUGGGCGUGUGUGAGAGGUUCAAAAGAUGCAAGACUGCGCUGUUUAUGACCUUCGUGUUUGUCUAUCGUAUCUGA